AGGUCGAUGGGUAACCGGAACGGAUGAAAUUGAGUGAGGUCCGGCAAAACGUGGGUUGAUGAUCAUCGACAGGGACUUGUGUAAGAGGAGUUCAACUUAUUUCUUUUCUUUUGUGAAAAACUACGGUUUAGAAAAGGAUAUGAUGGAUACAAUUAGAGAGGAUAUGAGAAAAAGACGUAUAGUUUCGUUGAAACUCUUUCCUUUCAUUUGAAGCCGGAUUUAACCGUAUCCUGAUUUUUCCUUCUAAAUGAUUUCAACCAUUUGUAUGUUUUGGUAGUGAAAAGUAUUUCCUCUCUCGCCGGAGAAGAAACAACGUUAUAGUUCGAUGAUAAAGUUGUCUCAGAGACGUUUAAAUUUCUCAAGUAUCUCACUUUUAUUUCGUAGAAUUUAUUGAAUUUAAAAACUCUUAAGUGUUUCAAAUAUAACUAGCUCAGUAUCUGUGCGAUUGUUUGGAGUUGUAUUAUGCUGUGUGAGUUAAUUUAUAAAAGUGAAACUGUGAAUACUAUUGAGUUUACAACCAUGGUAUUUCUGAUUUCCUAACAGGAUACCAAUACAAUUUGGUGGUUAAUCUGAGAAAUCACAGAUUCUAAUGGUCAAUCGGAGAAUUCAAGAGCACGUUAAUUGAGAUUUGGUGGUCAACUUGAGAAACCACAGCUUUUACAAUGGAAUCAAAGUUGCUCGUCAAUGGAUAUUUGGUAUCAUUUUGGAAUAAUGAUUUGGAUACUAAGGUGAGAGACCUCCGGGAGUUCAUGAUCUGAUGAGACAUGAUUCUGUGCACACAACGGAAAGAGUGGGGCAAUUUGACGAGAAUACACGGCAGCUACGCAUUGGGUGGUGGUCGCGGGGAACGGUGUUUUUUAUGUGGGACUUCAAUCCACAAAACUGUUUUUUCUUCUGUUAGAAAACUAAUUGGAUAUUCCAGCCGGAAGAAAGGAGCUCGAAGUCUGGACUGUAUUUACUUUUGGCUGUCUCUGGAAGAUGAUUCUUCAUAACAUUUGGAAAUAUAUGUAGCUCUAUUCAUUGAUUUUUAAAUUCUAUUGGCACUAGACUAUUAUCAGCACUGCUUUUUGUUUUAUAUCAGGAAUUCAGUCUGUUACUUUGAUCUUCGCUCAAGCUUUGUAUGUAGUGUAGCUGCAUGCGUGUGUUCUAAGCGUUUUUUCCUUCUCUCAAAAUAUUUCGAUUCUACGCACGUUGAGAUGCUUGUUGUAAAUAAGUAAGGCUUUGCUUAUAUAGUUCGAACGUAGCUCUCUUUUCUUCAAUAAGGAGUAAUUUGUGGUUAAUUAGAAAGCACAGUUCGAAAAUUCGUUCAUCGAAGACUAAUACGAGGUGCUAAUUACUAGUCAACUAGUUAAAGGAAUACUCAAACAAUUAAAAAGAAUGAACUACGCUUCGGGAAGGGAAAUAAUGUUCAGUAGCAACUGCCCUUCUUUAGCGAGUGUGGAGAGGGGUAUGUGCUGAAAGAGGCCGUAAAAGCCAUGAACUGCCAGUGUUUCCUCGUCAUCCUCUUCAUCUGCAUCAGCUUUCUUGCUACUUUAGUGCGGAGUUCUGAGGACGAGGAGCGCUUGGUACGCGACCUCUUCCGGGACUAUAACAAGCUCAUCCGUCCCGUCGAAGUUAUGAAUCAGACGGUGGUCGUAGAGUUUGGCCUCUCCUUCAUUCAGCUCAUCAACGUUAAUGAAAAAAAUCAGAUUAUGACGUCCAAUGUUUGGCUACAGUUGACCUGGAUGGACUACCAAUUAGUUUGGGAUCCUGCUGACUACGGAGGAAUUCAAGUACUCCGUUUACCUCCUGAUAAAGUCUGGAAGCCGGACAUUGUCCUCUUCAACAACGCUGAUGGCAACUACGAAGUCCGUUAUAAAUCCAACGUACUCAUCUACCCAAAUGGAGGAGUGAUGUGGGUUCCACCGGCCAUCUAUCAGAGCUCUUGCAGGAUAGAUGUCACCUAUUUUCCUUUCGAUCAGCAGAAGUGUGUAAUGAAGUUCGGUUCCUGGACCUUUAAUGGGGAUCAGGUCUCUCUUAAACUGUACAACGAUCAGUACUGGGUCGAUCUCUCAGAUUACUGGAAGAGUGGCACUUGGGACAUUGUCGAAGUGCCCGCUUUUCUCAAUGUUUACAACAACUCCAAAUAUGGAAAGGUGACCGAGACGGAUAUUUCUUUCUACAUCACCAUCAGACGGAAGACACUUUUUUAUACAGUCAAUCUAAUUCUCCCAACGGUGCUCAUCUCAUUCCUAUGUAUCCUCGUCUUUUACCUGCCUGCUGAGGCGGGGGAAAAAGUGACACUAGGAAUUUCGAUUCUCCUCUCCCUUGUCGUCUUCCUGUUGCUCGUUUCCAAGAUUCUUCCUCCCACAUCCCUUGUCCUUCCCCUCAUAGCCAAAUACCUCCUCUUCACUUUCCUCAUGAACACUGUAUCCAUUUUGGUCACUGUGAUCAUCAUCAAUUGGAACUUCAGAGGGCCUCGCACACAUAGAAUGCCUAAUUGGAUUCGCGUCGUAUUCCUGCAGUAUCUUCCCACCAUGCUCAUGAUGAAGAGGCCGAAGAAGACCAGGCUGCGAUGGAUGAUGGAUCUCCCUGGGGUGUAUCACCAGCAUUAUCACCCCUCCCAUCCACCACCGAGAAGCAAAUUGGAACUUCUCGACGUCCAUCAUCCGAACUGUACAGUGGCUCGGGCACUGUCCGGCAGCAUUUCGUCGGAGAGCAACACUUUAGUGCUCUCAUCAGAAGCCUAUAAAGCAACGGAAGCGGUGGAAUUCAUAGCAGAACACCUCAGGAGUGAAGAUGAAUACAUACAGAUUCGAGAAGAUUGGAAAUAUGUGGCGAUGGUUAUAGAUAGACUACAACUAUAUAUAUUUUUCCUGGUGACAGCGGCCGGAACAGUGGGAAUAUUAUUAGAUGCUCCACAUAUAUUCCAGUAUGUUGACCAGGAUGCAAUUAUUGAGAUGCAUAAAGGAAAAGCAACUAGGUGAAAAUUUCUCACGGGAGGUGCCUCUAUUUUUCAUCCUCAACCUAUACAAAGGCUCACAUGGACAAAGGCCAGUUUGGUAGGAUGCCGAAAUAAAUAAAAGUUUUGCUCAAUUCUCGCCUAGCAUUUGAAGCGGCGAGGGGACACCAGCGCCACCUGCCGGCAGGUGUAAAGAAGAGUGUUUCUUUCUUUUGCAAACUUCCGUCACUUCAAGGAUUGCUUUCUUUCUCUGUUUUUUAAGCAAAAAAGAAAAACUCAACAUCGAACCCUGGUGGCGGACAUUAGAACUAAAGAGUUGCUAGUACUUCGUUUUCUUUCGAAGAUAUGUUUGAUGUCAGAUCAUAGCAUGAAGAAGGAACAAUUGUUUCUAGUCCAAACAAUUGAUUCCUGCUCCUUGUCCUCGGAUCGAAAAGAUUAUGUAUUUAAAUAAAUUUUCCCCUUCACCCUUUUUCAUAAUCUAUUCGAUUCGAAUCAUAGGUUAAUUGACAUGUUUUACUAUUGUUUUUUUGAAAUUAAGGAUCUUUUCGCUUAGAUACUAACAGAAGUUGAUGGGUUUCAUUUUUCCGUGACCUGGCUUUAGUACAUAAAAUAGAAGCGGAAAUAUUUUACUUUUAUCCCAAGACCGGGGUUUAAUGACAUAGUUCUAGUUUGAAAACUUUUAUACGUGCUUUGUAUCACUAACCUAUGAAUGCCGUAUUUAUCUUCAUUCGUUUGGAGGAAAGAAUCGAAAGUCGCAUCACUUUAGCAGUAUUCCCGGGCUAUUAAAUGCAGUUUCUUAUAAUGUUCCACAGAUGAAGAACAAAAAGGUAUGCGAAAAAUAGCUGAAUUUUGAACAAAUUAACAUUCCUGAUUUCAAACAUGAAAUUCAAGAAAGCGUUUUUCAUUGAGCAUUUCCGUUCCAAGUCGGAUAUAUAACUGAGAAAAUUACUGAGUAAUUCUUUGUGAUAUGAUUAGAAACUAGAAUGUUGAAGGAGGACUACGUUUAAACCGCAAAUAUUUAGUUUAUGUAAAACCUUGACGCCUAGUGCAACAAAAUGCGCCUUUAUCAGCAGGAAAUUUACAUUUUUUUGAAGGAAAUUUACAUUUUUAUUACAUUUUAACCAAAAGGGAUAUCCAUUUUGUGCUAUGUAGACUAAAACAGAAAAACAACCUAGAUGAAGGUAGUAUGAAUUCACCUCAUCUUAUUAUUCAAAAUUUUUCGUCAACCCUUGCGUUUGCGGUGAUUUCUGGAUGGCUUUUUACAUACUAAAAAAAGCAAUAGUAAAUGAUCUUACAACUAUUCCACAUUUGUCUAAUACAUGGAAAAUGCUUUUUUUUUUAACUGUCUAUUUUUGGCACUAAUUAGCUUAAUUUGUAAACUCUGAUCUUGAUUUGCUGCAAGUUUCUUUAAUUUUGUAUCAUUCGCCUUUUUUCUACACUGUAAACAAAUUUGGUGUAGAAUUACCACCCAUUUUGAUGUUGAGGUAAAUUAAACUAACAUUUUUUACAGUGCAUGUAGUCAAAAUUUUUAUGUCUUAAAAUAAUAUAAAGGUUGUCUGUAUAUAGUUGCCACAAAAAAUCGUGACAACUAUGCAACAAAAUAUUUUACAGUUUAUGCUAUAGUUUUAUUUAUUUAUUUAAUCAUUUUUCGUAUAUUCAGCACACGUUUUCAUGGGCAUUAGAAUCAAUUUAUGGCUUCAUUGCAAAAAACAUUUCGUUUAAAAUCAAACACAUUUUUAAUAAUAUAUUUGCACUAAUACUUUCAAACAAUUAUUAUUUUGUAAAUUCUACUUAAUUCCUUAAAAGAUAACUACAGUUCUGUAUUUAAAAAUGUAUUUAGUUUACCUUAAUACCAAAAAUGGUGGGAAGUAUACAUCAAAAUAUUUUACAGUGUAGGCUUUUCAUAUUUCCUACGUAAGGGGCACUUUGUUGCAUUGAAAAGGUUUUAGGUUUUUAAGAAAUUAAUUAUUAGAAAUUUUAACGUUGUCCUCGUUCAACAUCCUGCUUUCAGGUAUACAACUGUUAGCUAUACUUUAUGUAACAUUCUUGGUUUUAUAUUAACUCAUAAAAAUGAAUUUUAGAUUUAUAAUUCUUGGCGCACAAUAUUAAUCCGUCUUUAUUGCUUUUAUGCUUUAGGGAAGUGUAUGAUUUUUAAUCAUAUUUUAAGAUCUUAAAUCUUCAGAAAACAGGCUGAAAUGCUAUUUAGAUCAUUCUAAUCUUGAUAUAUUCAGUCCCAUCAUAAUAUACUUUUAUUAAGUUAGCCUUUAAUAAGCUGUGAUAUUUUGUUCAACAGUUAAUCCGUCUCAAUACAUGCUCACUUUUUUGAUACGCAAUAAAUGUUUCGCUACAUUCAAUUAAAGACUGUGUUAAAUAUUAAAUUCUGUACUGUGCCCUAUUUACAUUCAUUCUUUUUUUUUAAAUGUCAAUUUAAAACACUAAAUUUAAAGUUAAUUUAUCGAAUUAACAAGAAGUUUGUCUUUGGAGCACUAAAUUAAAUAUUUCAAUUUAAAAAUUCGAAAUAAAGACCUUGGGAGUGAAAAGUGGUAACCUACAUUAGUGCAGUUUACAGGCGUCACAUUUGUCAUAGGCAUUGCAAAGAUGUGUGGCCCAUUUUCUUUUUUUUAUUUCUCUUUAUUUAAUUAUUGAAUGUGAACCAGUUUAGUAUAACUGGCUCUUACAGGCGUCACGUUUGUCAUAGGCGUUACAAAGAUAGGUGGCCCAUUUUCUUUUCUUUCUAUCUUUAUUUAUUUAUUGGCUGUGAACCAUUUAGUAUAGCUGGCUCUUACAGGCGUCACGUUUGUCAUAGGCGUUGCAAAGAUGCGAUGCUAAUUUUCUUUUCUUUUUUAUCUUUAUUCAUUUAUUGAAUGAGAACCAGUUUAGCAUAACUGUCUCUUGAUAAAGUUUCGCACAACUUGAACAAGAGGAAAACGCUUGUUGUAUACAAUUAUUGAAAGUAGGGAAGUAAAAUCUUAGUAAGGCAUUGGAUAUCACUUUUUAACCCCAAAGGCUUUAAAUAUGUAAAUUGGUUUAGUUUAUUUAUUAUGGAAAAUGUUUAUUCUAUGGUCCUACAGCGUAUUGAAAUACCCUAUUUUAAGUUGUUUCAAUAUUUUAUGCAUAUAGUAAGUGGUAUUUGUUAGGUAUGGAUAAUAUAGGUGAAAUACUGAGAUCAAUGAGAAUUUAAUUUUCUUUCCAAUGCAUCAUCCAAGCAUUACAAAUGUACUGGGAGUAAUAAUCUAAAAAGCAUUUCAGUCUUAUAAAAUUAAAAUGAAAGGCAGUUUAAGUUUCUUCUUUUUGCCCGCGGAAUCAUCGUCGCGUAGAAAAUAAUUGAGGACUCAGCAAAUAUCUCCUUAACCCUCCUCUUUGUUAUUCCAGAUUUGAUGAACGUCUAAACAAAGGACUUACAAGAAGAUAAAUGAAGAAUUAAUUGCUUAAUUAAACUAAUAAUUAAAAUAACUGACGUUUCAGUAAUUAAUUGACAACAUUAAUGCCGUUUAAAGUUAAAUCUGACAGUGAAAAAAAUCAUUUUUAGAUACGUGGAUUUUUUUGGAAGAGCUGAAUAUGCAUGGUGUCAUCUUUUUUAAGAAGAAAUAAACUUCACACUUGCAAUGCUUGAAAAUUCUUAGUGUAAUUAACCAUAAUAUCGUUCAAAUUUACUGCAACCCUAUUAAGGUACAAAUUUACUGUAACCAUAAUAUUACUUCUUAAGCUUAAUUACAUGUUAGUUUCGACUGGAAACAAGAUAAACUUGUUUCCAUUCAACAUGUUUACCUCAAAUGGAAACAAGAUUCAAUUGAAUAACUUAUAUGAUUUUAGAAAAUGUUCAACGUGUUAUGGUUCAACUAGUACCUUGAACCAUAAUAGGGUUCACAGUUUCGUUAACCUUUAAUCAUAAAUGCACUCUUACAGAAUAUGAAAAAAACAACAACCGUGGUAUUUUAAAUAGGGGUAUGACUAAUUUGGCAGACUAACUUUUGCUAUUACAUCAAUUCUAACGUGACUUAGAAUUGUUUUGGUUACUAAGUACCAGCCAUAGUGGGCUCUCUUUCAUUCAUGGGAUCUGACCCGACUCGAUCGAUCUUAGUUCAGUGUAACUAUGUAAUUUGUUUUUGAACUGUGCAAUGGUAAAUAAUAUAAAUCAAACUAUUAUUAUACCAACCGUAAAUAAACUGUUAAAGAAAUAGUUUGUGGAACCAGUUUUAUCAUUUUUACUCUGAUUUACGUAAUAGUCUGCGCCGAAAGGUUAAAAUUCAAUGUAAUAUUUAACUGAAUCUUGUUUCUAUUCAAGAUAAAGUAUGUUAUAGUGUAUGGCUUCUUGAACGUUUUGAUAUGGGAACCUCAUAAUAUUUAAGUAAAUUUUAAGGGAUCUCAUAAGCUUUGCUGACGUUCUAUACAAGAGUAAGUGUAGCUUUCAAUUUCUUUACUUAUUGGAGUAUAUUCUUGCAAUUUUUGGUCAGAUAUUUUAAUUUUUAUUCAUGGAACAAUGUGAAAAUUUUAAUUAAGUAGCAAACUUAUAAUAUAAUACAAUCACAUGAUCUGAGCUUUAUUGGGUAAUUGUAAGGUCAUUAUAAUAAGUUAGAGAAAUAUAAAAAUUUCUGAAAUUUGUAGUGACCCCUGAUGCAGAUCCCGUGACUCCAAUUAGUAUCACUACCCACAGUUUAAGAAACUCCGGUACAGUGUAAUGAAGGUUAAGAAGAACUAUGAUAUGGUUUAAUAUUUUUUGCUCUUCUUGAAUUAUCUUAAACUUAAACUAUCUUUUUGAACUUUUGAAUGGAAACACGACUUAAUUAAAGACUUAUUAAGGUUUAAGAAAGUAUGUAACGUUUUAUGCUUUCAAUGUUGAACCAAGUUUAAAAAUAGUUUAUGUUGCAUUCAUAUUUAGCUGUCCAAUUCAUACUCCGAAAUGAUUUAGUAAAGGAUGAUAUACGUAUUGUAUGAUAUACAAGAACGAACAAUAUCAUAUAUUUUUUUUUUGCACUACACUGAAACUUAUUAUGGGAUUUGAUUAUUGGCUAGCGAAUGUGUUUACGAAUUAAGUAAUAAAUUUGUGAGAUGUUUCUUACUAUAUGGGACAUAUUUUCGGAUUUAGCAAGUUUUGGCAGUUGAUGAUGAAUACUGCUUACGAAUAAAAGGUAUUUCAUGAAGUCCACGUAUUCAUCCGUUAUUAUUAUACAUCUGUCAAUUUAAUUUAGCAUCACCAUAUCACGUUCAUUAUCGCAUGUUCUGCACAAGCUCCGUAGAGAGCCAAGACUAUUCUGUAGCUUCUGUGCAGCGCAGAACAUGCGUUGAUGACCAUCGUAUGUUGAGGCUUCUUAAAAAUGCCGAAUUCAUCUAGUCAUACGAUGUAUAGUGAUUUUUUUCUUACUGUCAUUUAUAAAAAAAUUUUUUUUUUAAAAUUCUUUUUCAAAAUUAAACAAUAUGUUUGCAAGAAACUGUAACUUAAGGGCUUCGAGAUAAACGUUUUAGAGGUAAAAACUUUUUAAAAUAGUUCCUUUCCGGGCUAUCUCAGUAAUUGGUAAAUUUGUUCAUGAGACUUUUACACAUCAAAUCUGGAUUGUUGGAAUUCUGCUCAAUUUUGUAGGGGGUGUUAAAGGAGAGCUCCUCUUAGAAUUAAAUAAUAUAUAAAAAAUAUGCUGAGCGCAUGAUAGUGUUUAUGAAAUGAGAGGAAAAAUAUUUGGACUUUGAAGCCAUCAAAGUAAUAGAUUCAGCAUUUUAUACUAGAGGAACCAGAAGUCACUUGCAUUUACGACGUGACUCAUCAUUUUAGAGAGGGCGCUGUGAGCGACUGUGAACUACGUGAAAACUUAUCGCGAUAAGUUUGAACGCUCUGUAGUAGAGUAAUAUUUCAGAAAUAUGAAUGAGAUUUAAUUUUUACGUCUUGAUGGUGCUGUGUUUCUACUCCUAGAUCGAAUGGGGGGACAAUUAAACCUUAGCAUUAAAUUAGAAAACUGAAACUUGUCUCCUCGCUAAACAUAUUAUUCUUUUUCCAUGGAAUGUGUUAUUUAUACUAUUGAAUGCAUAUUGAGUUUCAAAAUUUUAAACUGAAGGAAUUAAAUUAAUGAUUUGGUGAAGAUUGAAAGGAUCUGGCAAGAGUAUUUGACAUUUUGAAUUAUGUAACUAUCAUUUUUUCUAGUUAAUCUUAAAUUAAAUCAUAACUCUUGGAUAUAGUUGGAAUCAGUGUUGAUUAAGCAUUGUUGUAAAGACGUAAAAGUUUUUUCUGUUAAUAUCCGUUAUAAAAUAUAUAAAUUGAAUUAUUAUCUAUUAAUAAAUUGAAUUAAGUAUAAAUUCAAUAAAUCCGUUAUAAAAUUAAUACUCGAAACUUGAAUGUGGAAUUUGAAUUAUUGGUUAAACAAAUUUGACGACCUAUUAUUAAAAAGUUCUGAAGUUUGACAUUACUUUUAUUAGAAAUUUUAUUAUAAGCUAAUUAAAUAUGGUCUAAGAGAGAGCCAAACAAUUUUAAAAUCGCUUAAAUUAAAGUUUAUAGGUUUUUUUGUAGGCAAUUUACUUCGUUUCGUAAUUGUAAUAUUCUUAAACAGUUCCGAAAUAUAUUUAGUAAUAGUUUUGCCAACUAUUUUAAACUGUUCUUUUCAAAAUAAAAGCUUU